GGCAAGCCCUGCUCUCUGAGCCUCAGUUUCCCCAGGAGGUUGGGCCCGGGGCACAGAGAGGCAGGGAGGCCCAGGCGGGUGCGUCUGGAGAUGUGGAAGCAGCUUUCUGACCAGCAGCGAUACUGUGGAGGGGCUAUUCUAGAUCACCCCAGCCAUGCACCCCGGGGCCCCCACAGCCUCUGGGGGCUCUGAGCCCAGCCCUCGGGAGCUGUGUGCCUUCGUGAGUGGGGCAGCCGCCCACGUGCUACGUGCCCUACACCCUCGGAGGACCCGGCCCCCCAAAAGGAGGCCCAACCACAGGAGGUUUCUGCACAACCAGAUCUGCAGGCAGUUUGCCAACAUUGAGGCUGCCACCCAGCGCCUGGCCCUGUCUAUCCUGUCUCAGAAGGCACCUCCCCAGAGACCGCCACCCCGAAGGCCGCCCCCGCCGCCUCCGUCCCCCUUCCUGGGGGUGGCCUGUGCUGUGGCCCCCACUGAGGAGCCCUGCGCCAGCCCCGGCCCAAGUCUCGCCGCCCUGGAUGCCUCCACCCUCGACCUCUUUGAUGACAUUGCACUCACCCCAGAGUGUCCCUCAGUGCCAUCUGGUGUAUCCCACUGUGCUUGGGGCCAGCCAGACCUGAGGCAGGCCUCACAUUUCUAUAACCGCCUGCCCCCUACCCCGAAUGCACUGGAGGAAGUGGACGGGCUCUGGGCUCCUGAGGGGGACUGGGUGGGCAGGUGGGAGGUGCCUUGUGCCUGUCACUCUCAGGGAACCCCUGAGGGCUGGGGGAGCUGCUCCCCAUGAUGCCCAACCCACCCCCGCACCCCGGGACAAAUCAGAGGUCCCCUUCAUGAUAGCUCAGCAAACACCCCCAGGAACCCCUUGUCCCAUCCACUCUCCUCCUGGAAGCCCCUGGG